GUGUGCUGUGGGGGGCCGGGGCGCAGAGCAUCUUUGGGGCUCGCUGCCACCGGGCUUCAGCCCCGUUUUCUCGCUGCCUGUGUCCCCCCUCAGCGUAGCUGGGCCGUUCCUCCCCUCUCUGUCGCGGCCAUGUCGUCGCCGUCGUCUGGGGAGCGGUAUGAGGAGGAGGAAGAGGAGGACGGAGCCUACGAGAGCCAGGCCAAGCGGCUGAAGCCCAGCGCCGCUGCCGAGGAGGGCGAGAUCGAGUACAGCGGCGCGGAGGAGAGCGAGAGCCGGCGGGACAAGCCCCCCGCGCCGCGCGGGGCGGGCUUCUCGGGCGCGGAUGCCGGGGGAAGUCAUCACAAAGUCUCCGUUUCUCCCGUUGUUCAUGUCCGAGGGCUGUGUGAAUCAGUUGUGGAAGCAGAUCUUGUGGAAGCUCUUGAAAAGUUUGGAACCAUAUGUUAUGUCAUGAUGAUGCCGUUUAAGCGCCAAGCUCUGGUAGAGUUUGAGAACGUAGAAAGCGCAAAGAAAUGCGUAACAUUUGCAGCGGAUGAGCCUGUAUACAUUGCUGGACAGCAGGCUUUUUUCAACUACUCAACAAGUAAGAGGAUUACUCGGCCAGGGAACACUGAUGAUCCAUCUGGUGGAAAUAAAGUUCUUCUGUUGUCAAUUCAGAACCCUCUCUACCCAAUUACAGUGGAUGUCUUGUAUACUGUGUGCAACCCUGUUGGAAAAGUUCAGCGCAUUGUUAUAUUCAAGAGAAACGGAAUACAAGCGAUGGUUGAGUUUGAAUCAGUGUUUUGCGCCCAGAAGGCGAAGGCUGCACUUAAUGGAGCAGAUAUCUAUGCAGGAUGCUGCACACUAAAAAUUGAAUAUGCAAGGCCAACUCGACUCAAUGUCAUUAGAAACGACAAUGAUAGUUGGGACUACACUAAACCAUAUCUGGGCCGACGAGACAGAGGGAAGGGCCGGCAGAGGCAAGCUAUUUUGGGAGAGCAUCCAUCAUCAUUUAGACAUGAUGGUUAUGGGUCACAUGGUCCUUUGUUGCCCUUGCCAAGCCGGUACCGAAUGGGGUCUCGGGACACUCCAGAACUUGUUGCUUAUCCGUUGCCCCAGGCGUCCUCCUCUUACAUGCAUGGUGGAAAUCCUUCUGGGUCAGUUGUCAUGGUUAGCGGGUUGCAUCAGCUAAAGAUGAACUGUUCAAGGGUCUUCAACCUGUUCUGCUUGUAUGGCAACAUUGAGAAGGUGAAAUUUAUGAAGACUAUUCCAGGCACGGCACUGGUUGAAAUGGGUGAUGAGUAUGCUGUGGAAAGAGCUGUCACACAUCUCAACAAUGUCAAGUUAUUUGGAAAGAGACUUAAUGUCUGUGUUUCCAAGCAGCACUCAGUAGUUCCAAGCCAGAUAUUUGAACUGGAGGAUGGCACGAGUAGUUACAAGGAUUUUGCAAUGAGUAAGAAUAAUCGCUUCACCAGUGCUGGCCAAGCAUCUAAGAACAUUAUCCAACCACCCUCUUGUGUGCUGCAUUAUUAUAAUGUUCCUCUGUGUGUAACUGAAGAAACAUUUGUAAAGCUGUGUGAGGAUCAUGAAGUUCUCAGCUUUAUUAAAUACAAAGUGUUUGAUCCAAAACCCUCUGCCAAAACACUGUCUGGUCUUUUGGAAUGGGAAUGUAAGACAGAUGCAGUGGAAGCUCUCACUGUACUUAAUCACUACCAGAUAAGAGUCCCAAAUGGCUCCAACCCUUACACGUUGAAGCUUUGCUUCUCUACUUCAUCCCAUUUAUAGAGAAGAGGACAGCAUGUGAAGAGCUACAUUCACCUUGAUUUGCAAGUUUAAAACUACACUUCGUUCACAAAGCUCUAAGUGGUUGUUCUAAUGUUGCCUUGUUUCAACUUAAUUCUAAUAUCUUUUAUCUUGUUUUAUAAAUAAAUGGAUGUUCCUUCAUAAAUACAAAAACCAGAUUUUUUUCUUUCUGCCUCUGAGAAGUACAUGUUGUAAGCUUACUACAAAGUUUGUAUUUUGUUAGUGUAGUAUCUUCAAAUGUCUAAAGAAGCACCAGUAGUAUAAACAAGAUCGUUUUCUUCCAGAAAUGAAAUAUAUUUGCAUUUUCGAUAAUGUUAAAGAUUAGCAAGUAUUUUUCCAUUUGUAGUUUUAAUUGGCAGAUAGAGCUAUUACAUGAGAAUUUUAAAUGUAGAACUUGUUUUUCAGUAUGUUAAGUAGUGAAGUAUGUUGCAAUACUAAAAAGCUUGUAUUUAUAAAAUGCUUUAAUCAGGUUAAUGUUGCACAUACCGAAUUUUUAGUGGUAUAGACUUGAUUUAUAAGUCAAACAAAACUAAAGUAGAAGAUAAAGUAUGUACAUGUGUAUGGUGUGAAUUCAUGCUUAUUUAAAGUGGUUUUCUUAUUUUUCUUUUAAACCCAACACAUUUUCCAUUUGCAUUAGCAUGAUGCCAUCUAUAGCUAGUCCCACCGUAGGGGCCUUUUAAAAUUAAAACUGCAAGCCUGUAUCAAUGUGUUCAUCCUCAUUUUCCAUAAUUUAAACUUAAAUCUUUGGUAUUUAACAUAUCCUCUUGACUUUUUUUUUAAAUAGUGGUUAUGACAUAGUAAAUGGUAAAAGUUGGAUAUGUGAGAAGAUUGAUCACAAUAGAAACAAAGGUGGUAAAACCAGUUAAAACAAAAAGCAAGCCCCACCAUACUCUCUCAUACCCGGACAGUUAAUUUGAUGUUUUCUUUUGUCUGAUUGAUCUUAUACAUCUGUUUUGACCAUGAAAGAAUUCACAGGAUGAGUAGACUUGGCUAGCCUCAUUUAAACUAAGGCAGUCUAGAUCUGAUUCAGAUAAUGGAACUAAUUACAUGAUGUGAAAUUGAGGUGAAAAAUCUUUCACUUUGGGAAAGAUGAUUUGCUUUGUCCCAGUACUUUAAAACCUCCAUUCUCUCUUCUAGAACUGGAAUUGUGUCUUAGCUAAACCCUAAGAAACGUGACUCCAAGCAGGGGAAUUCUGUGAGCUGUUGUAGGCCCUGUGUUUGCUCCUCUUUCUGAAUUUGCAGCAAAGUGUUCAGGGCUUUUUUUAGUUCUGCUUGUAAUGAUCAGAGAGAAGUUAGUUUAUCAGAUACUUUAUGUUUUGUCAUACAAGCUCUUUGUUCUGUCUUUAUGGAUUUUAUCCAUAUCUAUCCUUUAAGCAAGACUAUUUGUGCAGUAUGCUUGUCCUUAAGAGAUUGUGUUGCGAUAUGUUUACACAGUGUGGGCAUUGCACGUCUUUAAAUACAGACUGAAUUUUCCAGAUUCUUAAUUUCAAGGCAAUUACACCGUAUCAUACAAGGGAUCACGUGUCAGCUGUCCUUCGGGUUUUCUUAUCAACAAUGAUUCAUUUUUGCCCUGUCUACCUCCAUUUCGUUCAUGCUUCAGGUAAUGAGUAUUUCAGGUAUUCAGAUCAGGUUUCCUAGAUGGCUGAACAGAGAACUGGAGAACAGCUGCUCUUUGGCAGCUGUUUCUGCACAGGGUUGGAAUAACCUUAGCCUCUUGUCUGGUAGGUGGCAAACUGACUUGCAUUUUAGGGGCACUGCUAAUACUCUUUCAACCUCAGUGCUUUCCCCCAGAAAUUGCUUCCGGAGAGCUUUAGCAUAGAAGGCUGUGUGCCAUAUCUCAUUACUUGACAACAGAGAUGCUGGGUGCUAGUGAAAUGUUUUCUGCUGCCUAGAGUUUCAGCUGUAAAGUGUCUCUCCUAAUCACUCAUUUCUUUUCCAUCAAUUUGAAUGUUCUGUGGAAACCUGUUAAUUCCAUUGUAACUUGCAUUGCUAUUUGUAUUAAUGUAGUUUAAGAAGUCAAGUUGUUUGUAGUUGGGCAUUAAAAAUAGUAUAUUAUCUGUUGGUCCAGUUUGGGAUGUAGGAUGAGUGACCCUUAAAGCAUUCAGGUUUUACAAAAAAAGCACUUUAAUCUAUCAGUGUCUUCAGUAGAUCACAGCAUUUAGUGCCUAAGAUGUUCAGGUGAAAGGCAUCUUUUGUGUGGCUGCCCAGAUCAAAUAGAGGACAAACUAAUUCAAGGUGUAUCUGAGAGAACUUGUUACCAGCUGGAAGUCCUAAAUGCAAAAUGAGUAGCCUGUGCACAUGGGAAAGAGAGGAGAGUGAAAAAUUGUUCAAGCUUUUUUUUCCUUAAAAUAAUCAUCUUAUGCAUGUAAGAUGAUUGAGAACAAGAAAGAUUUCUUGUUGGUGUUUUGCUGUAAAAAGAAGAUAAUGUCUUCUCUUGGGCCUGCAGGAAAGGAUGCUUGUCCUCAGGGAGGAAUGAGGGUGGUCUCCUCCUUCCACAUGAGGUGUGUGUUCACCUAUACUCAUGCUCUUCAGAAUAGAGCCAGAACAGUUGUGUAGAUGAAGACCUAGUGGCUCCAAGGGGAGGGAAGUUUGUCUGUCACUUGGCAGUGGUAUUACUGUACUUGUUAGAUUAAAAUUAAACCAUUGUGGUCUCUCAGUGCAGUUUUUCCUGUCUCUUUUGCAUAAGCCAUACAAGCAAAGUAAUGAACAUUGCUAUGCACAUUCCCUGCUUCUAAGCACCUGGCAUUCACACUGUAAUAUCUUUGUGUCUGUUCCACUGUUUGUUGUCUUGGAUUUUUUUGUUUGUUGGUUUGUUUCCAAGUUUAUUUUUUAUAAUUGAUCAUCCUCCAUUGGACAUAAGUAUAUAUUGAGGCAGAAUCUGCUCAUCUUCUCUCAUGAUACUUUAAUCCUUGUUUAUAUUUAUUUUUCCUUAUAUGCAAGAAGUGGGAAUAGUUGCUUUUUGACUUUCUAUACCGCCACAGCAAGAUAGAGUGUAUCGCUAGGCUGAUACAAGAAAAGAUUUAAAAAAACAUUCAGGAAGUGUUUGGGUGUCCUGCUCUAUGAAAGGAGUGAUACAACUUCAUGUGGUGUCACAAAGUCUGUCUUUUAGUAAGGGAUAACAUUUGGGGUAAGCUGGCUUGUAACUGGCUGAAACCCUUUUUGUUGUAAUUAAAUGCAACUUGCUCCUUUU